AUGCUGGGUUCAUCUUCACAAUUUAAGCAAAUCGUUGUAAAGAAAACAAACGUUCCAUAUGAAUUGAGAUUUAUUGACAUCAGAAAUUAUAUAGCGGGUGGGACAUUAGACCAAUUCACUCAAGAUUUCGGAAACAAUAAAUCACGUGUUAAAUCCUUUUUCCCUUAUCAAUUCAUCACGUGGGAAAAUUACGAAGAAGAAUUAUAUAAAGUGGAACCAUUCACUCAAGAUUCAUUUUAUUCAGCAUUAACCCAAGAAACUAUAUCAGAUAGUGAUUAUCAAAUAUAUCUCAAUGAUGCUAAAAAUUUUAAGAAUAGAUUAGAAUAUUUUAUUCAUUAUUGCAAUAAAGAUGUUGAAAUUAUGAUUGACCCAAUCGAUAAAAUUAUUGAAGAAACAUUUGUUUAUAAAAUUGAUAUGCUUCAUAAUCUUUCUUUAUCAUCGAAUGCUUCAAUGAUUCGUUACGCUUUAGCAUAUAAAGACUUUAAUCCUAAUGAAAAAUAUCCUGAGGAAGAGAUAGAAUCAAGUUUUGAAUUAACGAAAAAGUAUUGGAAAUAUA